GACGCGCGCGCGCACACCCACACGUACAUGAUGAACUGUUAGAGGGCGCUAACAACAUGUGAAUUGUUUUUUUAGGAGGAAACCAGAUUUGUUUACCUGCAUACGCGAAUUUUUUAGCAUAAGACUUGGCAAGUUUUAUGACUGCAGAUAUCAAAGUUUGCUGGUUGUUUGCUUAGCUGGUUGUUUGCUUAGGUCAUCCUAAAUGUUGAUGGGAGUGCAAAUUAAUAAGACAGCCAUUUUGUUGCUGGUUGGUGUGGCUCUCACACUACUUUUCAUCUACUACCCUUCAGUGUCGUCGGACAAGAAAUCCGAACUCAGUCGAGUCGAGUCAGUUGAGAAUUUUGCUAAAGAAGCUCUGGAGAACAAGGUACGCGUGUUUGGUGGUGUAGCUCAGGACGGACAAAUUAUCAACAUGACGUGGGAGGAUAUGAAAGAAAAUGCGAUGCAAAACAAUAGGAUAACGUGCACUGAGGGAACAUUUGAGGUGAAGGGACUACAAGUGUACCGCCGGGAGUGCGUCAACAUUGAGGAUGCACCAAUUGGAACUCUGCUGUUCCUACAUGGACAGAGUUUUAAAUCUUUGACAUGGAAAGAUCUUGGGACUCUUAUUGUGAUGGCAAGCUAUAGGUAUAGAACAGUGGCUAUAGACUUACCAGGAUACGGAGAGACACCCAAGUCUGAUAUCCCAAAUAAAGCAGACUUUUUGAUGGAUGUGAUGACAGCGUUAAAAAUUGAGAAGCCGAUAUUGAUAAGUCCAUCGAUGAGCGGCCAAUAUGCACUCCCUCUAGUUAUGAAGCAUGCUGAAGCGCUGAAGGGCUACGUACCUGUGGCACCUGUUGCUACAGAAAGUUUUAGCGAUGCUGAAUACAAAAAUAAUCAGAUUCCAGCUCUUGUUGUAUAUGGUGAGAAAGACACAAUGCUUGGUGAGAAAUCAGCUUCCAAACUGAGACUCUUUCCCAACAGCCAGGAACACAAACUUAAAGAUGCCGGCCACGCUGCUUACCUUAAUCAGCCACUUGAGUUUCAUCGUCUCCUCCGCGACUUUUCAGAUAAGCUAUUCGGCAGCUAAGUUUUGCCUCUUGUUUAAUCAUUUGUAGUAAACACUAGGCAAUUUUUAGUGCACAAAAGAAAACUUAAAUCGAAGAAAAAUCAAUGAAAAUGAAGAUUUUAAUUAUUCAAAUAAUUGCUGACAUGUUUAUACUUCUAAUUUCAGAGUAAAUUGAAAUAGUAAUCUUUUAGUAUUUAUAAUACAAGAAUUAUUUACCAUAAGACUUUGUGGGAAUUACUUUAAUAACGUUGGUUUUUUUAAUAGAUAAAUAAGACAAAAAAAAAGAAGUUAUGCCCUAGAAAAGGACAACUGGAUCUCAUGUGAGAUAUAAGUAAGCAAAAACUUAAUAGGAUCAUGCAAGAAAACCAACCAGAAUAAGGGGUUUUUUUAUAUUGUAGUUUUGUAUAGAGGACACUUUUAAAGCAAAUUUUUCUUAUUUUGUAUUGGUCAUAGAAUUGGUGGACGAAAUAAAAUGAUUGGACACUGUAGUGGUCUUUAGUGGAUAUUACUAAAAUCUUGUGUGUUCCAUAUGAUAUAUUAUUUAUUUGAAAUUACAACGUAUGCUCUGUUUGUGUAUAUUUAUUACUAUGUUACUUUUUGUGAAUUACUUUUCUAGGUGUUGGGAUACUUCAUCUGCCUUCAAACACAAUUUCAUCUAGUCUUUAGUUGAAUUAAUAUACUGUAAUCGGCAAGCUGGAGAUGUAGCUUAACCUGUACAUUCCAGUCAUUUGAUAAUGGUAGCUGUCAGCGACCGAAACUGUCAUUUAAGUUUCAAAACUUUACAGUAUAUUAACACUUCAAGUUGUUAUCUAAUUUCUUUUACCUUAAAAAGGAACAGUAAUCAAUGUUGUCUAUUAUAAAAUGUUAUAUUGUAUUACUGUCAUAUUAAGGAUUUUGACUAAUUAUUUCUGGGAUAUUAUGAUUAGAUCAUAAUUUGAAUCUAACAAGGUGUAUAUUUUUGUCUUUUCACAAACAAUAAAUAAAUGAUUAUUGACAAA